AUUCCUCAUACUUGCUCUUCCUUCUCCUCUUUCUCUCUAUCCCUCAGUUCUAAAGUGUUGGGCGUAGUUUAAGCAGGGAGGUUGCGCAGGACUAGAGAUCGCCAUUGUUCCAACAUGAUGCUUGAUCAUAAAUGUUUGUUUCUAUCAGCUUUGUUUUGCACUGCUGUAGCUGGCGUUUUAGGCCAAGCUCCUCCUACUCCCAGUAAUCCUCCUACAUCCACGCCGGCACCUCCCACCCCUCCAGCUUCCACGCCUCCGCCUACCACUCAGCCACCUCCGACGCCCACCGCUACCCCGCCUCCGGCAUCCACUCCUCCUCCAACUUUAUCACCUCCUCCAGUGACAGCUUCUCCACCCCCGGUUUCAACUCCUCCUCCUAGCUCUCCUCCUCCAGCAACUCCCCCACCAGUUAGCUCUCCUCCUCCUGCCACCCCACCUCCCGCCACUCCUCCACCGGCUUCUCCACCUCCCGCAACCCCACCACCCUCUUCUCCUCCUCCCGCUACCCCUCCACCUGCAACUCCUCCUCCCGCAACCCCACCACCUGCUCCUUUGGCUUCUCCACCAGCAGCGGUUCCAGCACCGGCACCUAGCAAACCGAAAGCCAAAUCUCCGGCGCUAUCACCGUUGGGGUCGAGCCCACCGUCUCCGUCUCCGUCAACCGAGGCCCCUGCUCCUAGCCUGGGCGCUUCUUCACCAGGCCCAUCAGGAAGUGAUGUGAGCCAGAGUGGCGUAGAGAAAAUGUGGAGGGUAGGAAGCUCGGCGGUGGUUGGAUGGGCUGUUCUGACUCUGAUGCUUUAAACGAAAGGGCUCUUCUACGUUCGCAUCUGUUUCGUUUUCAGUUUCGAUGGUUUAUUUACAUUAAUUUCCAGUGAUAUCAUUAAGUUGAAGUCUCUUUGAAGGGCCUUUUCACUAUGAGUAUUUGACGAUGGGAUUGUAUUCAUUGAGAGAUUUUUU